AGAAAUACUCUCAGGAGGGACGCAUACUGCCUCUGGGAGUUUAUUCCUUUUCCUUAUUCCUAUUUAUUUUUAGUUUUAUUACCUUCAUUAGACAGACCCUACCUUCUCCCAUCUUCCGUUAGAAAUACAAUUGUGUAGCUAUUUAAUGGAACUUAAAUAUUUAAAGGGGAUAUACGUAGAACUGUGUUUCGGUCUAAUGCAUACAGGAAACUUGUGCAUUUAGCUGAUACUGUGGACAUAGUUGGUGCAUAAUCGAUAAAGGAAGAAGCCACGACCGCAAGAGUAGUGAGUUGAAAGCUACAAGUUACUGAGGGGAGAAAAACCUAUGUGCAUCGACGAAGCGGACUGUAGAUUCACAGUUGGGCGAACAAGGGGAGAGACAGUGUGUGAGAGAGAGAGAGAGAGAAAGAAAGAGACCCUGACUAUUUCUCAUUUGAUCUCGGCCCAGUAGUCAGUCUGCUUGAAUCGGUGAGCGAGUGAAGGAGUGGAUGUAUGGACAGUUCGCCAUUCAACAAGUCAACGAAUAUAACGGUGACCGUUUUAACGGGAAAAUGAAUGACCCGCAAGUUAUGACAGUAGGGUCGAAAUUCUUUCUGGUGCCGGAAGUUCUUGACUCUACUGAAAGCAACAGACAAAGACAGGGAGGGAAGACUCUCGACCCCAACAAAUAUGCCACGAAGAAGACCAUCGCCCAGGGAAUGCUGGAUAUCGCCUUGCUGACAGCUAACGCCUCGCAGCUCAAGUAUGUCUUGCAACUGGGGAAGGGUUACGAGUUCUACUCGGUCAUGCUCGGACUCAUCAUAACGUCUCUUGUGUUGCAGGGCUUGGCUGGCGUGCUGAUGGCUGUUUUGUCAGUUCUGAACAUCAAAAAGGAAUCGCACCACAUGGCGGCUGAGGCACUGAACCACACAGUGCUUGUGUUGUCUUUACUUAUUUUGUCCAUAGACGCUAUUAAGCUGGGCUUCAACAAUGGUAGCAACCUGCAAAAAGGGGAAGGCUUUCUCAUCCCUUAGGUCGUGUCAGUGACCGCAAGUAAGCCAAGUUGAUUUUCUAUUCGCAAAGUUUAUUGUCCAAUAAUUAUGUUCCAAAGAAAACGGGAAACACGGUUUUAGUCUCUUCAGUAUCAUCAUGAGAAAAUUCGUCAUUUUGACGACCGCUGUAACAGUCAAAUCCAUAACGAAAAAAAAGCCAGUGUAUUGCAUCUUCAUCAUUCAAGUUUUCUCUUAACCAUUGAAUGAUUUUGAGAUAGAUCUUUUAGUACUCGCUGUUCAAACUUUAAACCUACCGUUGCGUGAUCUUGCAUUUUGUUUGCCUCUCUUCACAAGUCCCGUGGUUGCCUCGUCCUUUGGAAUAUAAUUGCCUCAGAGUCACGUAUCCGACCUUAUGACAGUACAAGGCACUCAUUCAUUCAUAAUAAUGAUCAGGACACGAAGGACUCUUUUAAGUAGAUGCUUUCAGAAACUGUCUGGUUCCUUCCCAGGCGCCACCUUUGUCUUUGCUUUCAUCGUCACUGAGGAGGAACCAUAAAAAAACUUGCUUCGCUGUUUUCUCUGCAAACUUAAUAAGUAAUGCUCAGUUAUUGUGCUUGAAUAUGGGAUGACGAAGUCAAAUGAGCAAAUCAGCUCCGGUAACAAAGUGAAGGACAAAGCUGAUUUUAUCUUAAAGGAAAGGGAAACAACAAACAGUUCCUCGCGUUGAUAUAGAAAGUUUGCCUGAACCAUCACAGCACCUAAUUGAUUGAAGUAGAAGCCUCUUGGGGCGAACCUGAUCACAGCUUUGAAUCUCGGAGUGUUUUCUUUCGAGUGUUCUCUUUCUGCACCUCCACUUGCUUCCCAUUUCUCAUUGCUAUGCAUGUCCCGGUUUCUGAGAUUUUGUGUUUGAUUAUAAGCGUUGUGCUUUGAGUUUUUCAAAUCUUGUUUCUUCAUUGAAUAAGCAGAUGCAGCAGCGGAGCCCAAACAGGUCUCAGUACCGAAAUGUAACUUGGAAGUUCAUCCUUUCCUUUUAAAGCCUGGCCAGAAAAAGCUUUGUUAUAGAAUGUACUUUCCAAAUAAACUAUGUGAAAUGAAGACAGUGGUUCUUAACCUGAGGGGAUCACCCAUUUCCAGGGGAAAAAUUUCAAAUUCUCUAAUUACAUUCGUUAUUCUCUUAACAAGAGUGAGGAACUAAUAACAGUCAGUUUCUUACAGUCUACUACUCUUGUUAGACUCGUUGGGCAUAUACCACGUUUUGUCAUGAUUUCCCUCCCUCCCUAUCACUCGAAACCCUUGUCUUUCUUUGGCUUUUGAUUUUCCUUUAAAUCUGGGAGGGAAUCUUACUCAUGGGAACAAAGGGGGCGUGGAGGGCGGAAACCAACUCUGAGAGGGGGCGUGGUCAUAAAAAGGCUGAGAACCACUGUCCCUAAAGAGGUCUUUUCCAGUAACGAGAUUAAUGUGAAUGUCUUGUCGUUUUAGGUUCUGGUGGGAGUGCUGUUCUUAAUCAUUGGUGGGAUGAACAUUAAUGACCCCCAGCAACAUACGGCUGCUGACAUUCUCAACAAUAUCAUCGUCGCGUUCCUCUUCGUCAUUUCUGUCGUGAAUGUCGUUCUCUCUGCUUU